UCGCACUGACAGCACAUGAAGUUCAGGCCGGCGACGUGCUUCACAGCAGCUUUUCCUCCUAUUCAGUCCUGGAGUUCAUAGGGGAAGGCGCCUUUGGAAAAACCGCUGCAGCGAUGAAUCUCAGGACUAAAGAGAAUGUGGCUAUUAAAAUCCUGAAGAACAAAGAGUCCACCCAGGACACUGAGCAUGAGGUUUCCAUGUUGAGGCUCAUCGGUGACCUGGAUUGUGAUCGCAACAACAUGGUCAAGUUCCACGAGCAAUUUGUGCACAUGGAACAKAACUGUUUGGUCUUUGAGAGGCUGCACAUGAGUCUCUAUGACCUGUUAAAGCAGGGAGACUGGAAGUACCUUCCUCUACACCAGAUCCGCCCAGUUGCCAAGCAGCUCUUGGUGACCCUGGACGCCCUGAAGKGUAUUGGUGUCCUGCAUGCGGACAUCAAACCAGACAACAUUAUGUUUGUCAACUUGCAGGAUCAGCCACUCAGGGUUAAACUGAUUGAUUUUGGCUGCGCCAUGAUGACGUCCCAAAUCGAGCUGGGGAUGUACAUCCAGCCGCAUGGGUACAGGGCUCCAGAAAUCUCACUCGGCCUUCCGUUCACCGAGGCCGUCGAUGUGUGGGGGGUCGGGUGCGUACUGGCCUUCCUSUACAUGACUGAAAACCUGUUCUCUGUUGGCUGUGAAUAUCAAAUGAUGAAGGGCAUGGUUACAGUGCUGGGCCAGCCGGAGGACCGCCUGCUCCGUGACGGCAAGUACAGCCGGUUUUUCUUCACUGAAGAGCAGGGUGCAGACAGUUCAUCAUGGAGACUGAUGACCGCAGAAGAAUUCACAGCUGUUAACAACAGGGAAACAUUGGAGCGCCCGAGCUCUCUGAGCUCUCUGAACGACCUGAUUCAUUUCCAUCCAAAGUUGGAGGCUGCUGAGAUGAAAGACCGCAUGGCCUUUGUCUCUCUGUUAGAGGGGAUGCUGCAUGUUGACAGGGAUCAGAGGAUCUCUUCUAGUCAAGCUCUGCAGCAUCCGUUUAUCACCAUGAGCCACCUGAGAGAGGAUGUCAACAGUAGAGACUAUCUGACCACCUCCCAAGAGUCAAUGAAGGUUUGCUCAAAUGAGGACAGUGUCCACUGUGCAACUUCAGACAGCAGCCACUCUGACACCAUGGACAAAGACUCCUGGAAUUCUGUGGAGGCUCUGGAUUCUGUGGAGGCUCUAGACUCCACAAGUGUCCCCAAGUUAUCCACUGGAGACAAAUACACCAGUGCAGAAGUCUCCUGGGAUUCUGUGGAGGCUCUAGACUCCACAA